ACGUCUGCACCCGGCCCCACCUCGGUCUAAAAGAGGAGCAGCCGGCUGCCGGGUUCCAGCGCGCAUUCCAGCUGCCUGACCUCCUGUUCGAGUCUUUGGUGGGAGCUCCAGCAUCUCCUUGGCUCGAAAUGGACCCCAACUGCUCCUGCACUGCUGGUGGCUCCUGCACGUGCGCCGGCUCCUGCAAGUGCAAAGAGUGCAAAUGCACCUCCUGCAAGAAGAGCUGCUGCUCCUGCUGCCCUGUGGGCUGUGCCAAGUGUGCCCAGGGCUGCAUCUGCAAAGGGGCGUCGGAGAAGUGCAGCUGCUGUGCCUGAUGUGGGGACAGCUCUGCUCCCAGAUGUAAACAGAGCAAACUUCACAACCUGGAUAUUUUUUUUUAAUACAACCCUGAGCCAUUUUCUGCAUUUCUUUUUAUAUUAAAUAUGUGAUUGUUUUAUUGUCAUAAAAGAAUUUUGACUUGAAUCUUA